AUGGCUUCCGGAUACGACAGAGCUCUGUCGGUUUUCAGUCCCGACGGUCACGUUUUCCAAGUCGAAUAUGCUGGUGAAGCUGUCAAGCGAGGAACAUGUGCUGUCGGUGUCAAAGGUUCCGAUGUUGUCGUGCUAGGAUGUGAGAAGCGCUCGGCUAUGAAGUUGCAAGAUACUCGCAUUACGCCUUCCAAGAUUCAACUUCUCGAUCACCACGUCGCUCUCGCCUUCGCUGGCCUAAACGCCGACGCUCGUAUCCUCGUCGAUAAGGCGCGGUUAGAGGCACAGUCCCACCGUCUCUCAGUCGAAGACCCCGUCACCAUCGAUUACAUCACCAAAUAUGUCGCUGGCGUUCAGCAACGAUACACGCAGGCUGGUGGAGUCCGACCAUUCGGCAUUAGCACUCUGAUUGUAGGCUUCGAUCAUGGCAGCAACGUCCCUCGACUUUACCAGACCGAGCCUUCAGGCAUCUACUCUGCAUGGAAGGCAAAUGCUAUCGGACGCUCCAGCAAGACAGUCCGCGAGUUUCUCGAGCGAAAUUACAAGGAGGAUAUGGACCGAGAGGCAACCAUUCGACUGGCCAUCAAGUCGCUGCUUGAGGUCGUUCAAACUGGAGCCAAGAACAUCGAGAUUUCCCUGAUGGCGCCCGAUGCUCUUAUCGAGACAUUGCCCACAUCGGAGAUCGAGGGUUACGUUAAGGAGAUUGAGCAGGAGAAGCAGGAGGAGGCUGCCAAGAAGAAGACUGGCCGGACCCCUGGAACUGGCAGUGCUGCCAUCCUGACUAGAUCUCAAGAUGACUCUGCUGCGGAAUAA